UGACUCGACUAUCGGUUGAGUGAGUGAAUGAUGGCGCCUGCUAUGGAAGCGCUAACCGACCUCCUGAUCUGAAGCAGCCCGGAGAAACAGCAGCAGCAGGAGCAGCAGGCCGGUCCAGCGCGUGUUUUAGCGGCUUGUUGUGGUGUGGGAUAUGCCGUGUCCGGCUCGGCGGGGCUGAGAGAUGUGUGAGAGCUAUGCCCGCGCUCUGCUGCGGGUCUCCGUGGCGCAGGUCUGCCAGGCGCUGGGCUGGGACGCCGUGCAGCUCUCCGCCUGCGACCUGCUCUCCGACCUGCUGGAGCGGUACCUGCAGCAGCUCGCCCGGGGCUGCCACCGCUACUCCGAGCUCUAUGGACGCACGGACCCCGUUCUGAGUGAUGUGGACCGGGCCUUUGGACUGAUGGGGGUGAACAUAGCAGAGCUGGAAGACUACAUCAACCAACUGGAGCCAGUGGCCUUCUCUCAGCAGAUCCCUCAGUUCCCAAUCACCAAGAGCAGCAUGCUGCAGUUCCCUGCUGCCGGCUUCGAAACAGACGCCCGCAACGCCCUGCGAGGAGAGAGAAGAGACUACAUCCCAGAAUACUUCCCUCCACUUGUCUCUCUGCAGGAAGAAGAAGAGGAGGAAGAGCAGGUCCCCCCAGACAUGGGCACAUCAGCCGAGGCCAUGCAGGUGUCCAUGGGCGAGGAAGAGGAUGGUGAGGAGGAAGAGAAUGAUGAGAACUGGUUGGGCCAGCGCAGGUCAGACAGCCCCAGGCCGGAAGGUCUGUUGCCUGCCGCUAAAAGGCCCCGUUUGGGAACCAAACCCGGCUCCAGUCCCGAAUGGAGCUUCGAGCCUAGAGAACCUCUCAGCUCUCUCAAUGCCCAGCACAUGCCCUGCUCCCCUUCUCCACCACUUUCCAUCGAACCGGCCCGGCCAACUGUGGCCCCUCCGACCCCAGGCCACAAGCCCAAAAUCGCCUCGCUUUCACCAGCCCGCCAGAAAAACAAAUCGCCCAAGAGAGGGGGUGGCUCCGCCUCUUCUGGCAUAUCCGCCCGCCCUCUGUCCAUUACUCCGCCCAAGAGCUCUCAGAAGGCAGGAAAAAGGUCGCCUGGGAGACCCCGAAGCCCUCGAAGCCCACGACCAGGGCCUGCGCAUUUGGCAGCAGCCCAGUUUGGGCGGGGAUGGACUGGACUUCAUGUGGAAGAGGUACCUAACGAUGGCCAGUUCAAAAGUAACGAUCCUAAAGAGGAGUCUAUUGAGGAUUCCAUCUCUGCGGUGAUCGAACGAGCACGCAAAGAUGAAGUAGUCCCGGUUGACCCGUUCGCUUACGAUUCAGGCUCGGACAGCGACGGGCUUCCGAGUCCCCCGAAAGUCGGACCCAAACACGCGCAAGGCCUCAGCACGCCCAAACAGCCGCUCCUUCCAAGCAAACAUGUUCACAUUCUCAGUGCUAAACAGCUUCCCACACCACUAGCACCUACGUUAGUCACGCCAAACCGAUGGACUAUGGACGACUCUAUAGACGAGGUCAUCCGAAAGGCCAAUCAAGGUCAGUCUGCCCUUUCCCAGUCUCCACUGGAGCCCCCUUACUUCUCUUCGCCCUCCGAAUCGCCCCCCACGCCGCAGCCCCCGCUUAAACCACUCCAGGAGCGCAAAGAUCCCACCGCCACGCCAUCACUACUCAAGAAGAAGCUCAAGAAAGACGUCAAGACCAAGCUAAAGAAGAAGGAGAAAGAGCGGCUGAAGGAAAAGGGUAAAGACAAGGGCAAAAACAAGGAGAAAAACAAGGAGAAGAAGAGGGAGAAAGAGCGGGCCGGGCAGGCGGAGGAGAACAAGAUGCCCUGGCCCGAGUUAUCGCUCGUUGUAGAAGAGAGAAGAGACAACACCGGCGGCGGCAAGAAAGAGAAGGACAAACACAAGGAGAAGAAGAAAGAUAAAGAGAAGAGCAAAAAGGACAAAGAGAAGCGAGACAAGGGCAAGGAGCGCAUUAAGGAGGAGAAGAAGUUGUCUCUAGGCGCCAAAGAGGCCGCUGUUGCCGCCGCUGCCGCAUCCCUCCCCCUGUUCAGCCCUUCUGCUUGCCUUCGCGUGCCCUCCAUGCUCCCGCCUCUGCAGCCCAUCCUACCCGAAAAACUCUUCCACCCCAAGGAGGUCAAGACCAAGGAGAAGGACAAGAAGAAAGACAAGAAGGAGAAAAAGAAGAAGAAGGACAAGGAGAAAGAGCGAGAGAAGGAGCGUGAGAAGGACAGGGAGAAGGAGCGGGCCCGUGAGAAAGAGAGGGAAAAAGAGGAGAAGAAGAAAGAGAAGGAGAAGGAGAAGAAGGAAAAAGCGAAAGAAAAGGAGAAGGAGAAGCCUAAACUGGAGAAGCCGGCUGUAAUGGUUGAGCCUCCUGUGGUGCCUCAGUCUCCGGUCAUCCCCAGACUAACGCUGAGAGUUGGAGCUGGACAGGACAAGAUUGUUAUCAGCAAGGUUUCAUCAGAUUUGGAGCCCACCCCUCCUCCCCCAAGGACUCCAGUGGCCCGGGCCGGUCCAGGCGCCCGGAUGCGUUCUCCUCCAGCUCCUCCCCCUCCUCCACCACCUCCGGUCACCCCUCCACCCCGUGCCCCUCCGGUGGUGCUACCGCCACCUAUUCCACCCCCAGUGCUCCAGCCCCAGCCCAGCCAGGCCAAGGCCCGCGGCUGCAGCGUGGUGACGGAGACGGUCAGCGCAUACGUGAUUCGAGACGAGUGGGGUAAUCAGAUCUGGAUCUGUCCUGGCUGUAAUAAGCCUGAUGAUGGAAGCCCUAUGAUUGGUUGCGAUGAGUGUGACGACUGGUACCACUGGCCAUGUGUUGGCAUCUUAACCGCCCCACCGGAGGACCAGUCCUGGUACUGUGUGAAGUGCGCUGGCAAGAAGAAAGACAAAAAGACAAAAAAGAGGAAACGUAAAGCGCACUGAUCAUCAACUCUUUCUCUUUCUCUCACUUUCUGUCUAUAGGUCUCUCGCCCCUUCCUCACUGUUUAUACAUCAAUGCCUUAUUUCAGUUCCAGUCCCCCCCUCUGAGUUUGGGUUUCGUUUCCUCCGCUCCUUUUAACUCGCUCACUGUAGUCAUUUAUGUAUUUUUUAAAUGAUAUUUGCAGAAGUCUAUGUUAAUUUUUUUAUGUGGAUAAUUCUCCCGUAUGUCUAUACUGCUCUUUGUACGGAAGCCAGCGGCUGUUCGGUAGGUGUGUGUGUGUGUGUGCGAGCGCGCGUCAAGACGAAUCCCCCACUCCCCCACACGUCCUCCUCACUCAUUGACGUUUUUCAACUCCAUGCUGACUGAUCAGAAUCACAUCUCUGAAAAAGAAAAGAAAAGAAGUGUGUACUAUAAUCUGCCUUUUUAAUAAUAUUGUUGUUCUCAUUUAUUUAGAUUGGAAGUGCAGUUUCCUUUUAUUAUGGAUUCAAUUAAAAGCUGUUUUUUCCA